GAUGAGAGGCACUAACCACAGCAGGAGGGAGACAGAGCCUGGCACUGUGCUCUGCCUGUUCAGAGCAGAGGCAGGAGAGCAGAAGCUGGCGAAGCACGUGCUGUUCCCUGCUGGGGUGCACAGAGGGGGCCCGCUCCCUGCAAGCAUGCUUUUGCAACAGAGGGCUGGAUCAGCGGGGAAAGCUGCAGCCCCGGAGAUGCCGAGCAGGUUUGCGGCACCAUUGGCAGCAGGGCCUGGGUUUGGGAAAAGAAAUCUCCCCUUCCUUCUCAGUGACGCUCCCGCUAGCUGCCCCGGGGACCGGCUGGGGGUCUGCCCCAGCCAACCAGUGCUGGGGGUUUCCCUGGCCCUGACCAAAAGCUGCUCCCGUGGGAAGAGGCCAGCCCAGCUGUACCAGGAGAUGAGGAAUGACCCCUGUUCUCCAGCUCCAGGAAACCAUCCCACUGGUUUAUGAUUCAUGGUUACGGGAGUGUGGAGGCUGGUACGUGCAUGUAGCCUCUUGCGUGCUAAUCGCAGCCGAGGAUGGAGAUGGGGGAGGUGGGAGGUGUAGGGGGAUGAAUUCCCGUUCCCUGGUAUGAAGAGAUCCAGACAGCCCGCUGAGUCAGCGCAGGGUCAGGCCAGACAGGCUUUGAUUCCCCCAGCAACUGGCUUUCAGCUGGUGCCUUCCCACCACCCAGCUCAGCCCCUAGCAUAGGAACCAUGUGUACAAGGGGAGCUAGCUUAUCCCUUCGCCUUUCUCGCCGUAACCUUAGCUGGAGCCCUUCCCCACAAUCACGUGGCGAACGUGGCUCUGUUUCAAGGGACAAAGUGCAGGAGUUUCUCAUUAACAGAGAAUGAAAACUGCCUGCUGUGAUCCAGCUGCAGUAACUCCAUUGGAGGAGGGAGAAAAAGCGCUGUGGGGGAACAAGGAGGCAGAAAAGGAAAUCAAACAAGCGCAGCCACCUCACCAAGCCUGAGCCAAGAGCUCUGAGCUUUGUGGUCUUCUCGCCCUUGCGGUCCUUUCCCCAUGCAUCCUGCGAAACUCCCACUGACCCCAGCGAUGUCACGCCGGAGAGGACGUUGUUCUGCUCUCUGAGCCUCUUGGGGGACCACAGCUGCAAUGACCUUGACUUCAGCGUAACGCCCCGCAAAACCGCUCUGGACACGCAACAUACUUCUGGGGCUUCCCUGUCUUGCGCACACACCUGCAGCCCAUCCCAGGAUGUCAGGAGCAGGAAGAGCACUGCCUUCGCAGGGUGUUUAGGAGCAGGGAACUGCACAAAGAGGAGGAGCAGGAGAAAGGGAAGCGGUUGCUUGCAGUGUUUACAUCUCCUCCUGUUCUGCCCCCAAAAAGAAGAAACUGAGAUUUGAUUUCCCUGAGGCAGCUCCCAAAGAAUCUACCCGGCAUUCAAAGGAAAAUGCCUCUUUUUUCCCACCUACAGACUUGGCUGCAAAACUAGCCUCUCACUCCACAAGAGGAAAAAAACCCCAUAUUGUUCGCGAGACCCCACUGCUGCCAAACAGACAGACCCACGUGGGCCAGGGCUGGGAGCAGGAGUGAGGCGGGGAGGGAAUAAAGUGGCCCUUUAUCUGACGCCCGGGUUGCCUGGGCUGGGGGUGAUGCAUACUUAGCAUAACUAGAAAGGUCAAGUUUCCUAACAGCCUGACGAGGGGGAUCUUCCUUCCUUCCGGGGAAACCAAGGGAGCAAUGAGGAGGAGCAUCCGAUGAGCAAACAGACACACGGUCAUUGACUUCCACGUGGCGCUCUCAUCCUGCGGGGGAAAGGAGUAUGCUUUGUUCCCGAAGGUCGCAGAAGAUUAUUACCAACAUUCUGGAGCAGAACAGAGAAUAGAAUCACGAUCUCCCAAGUUCGCAUGUAGAACCAUCCACAAAAUCACAUCUGCACAGUUACUGACUUGAACACUGCCAGUGACCACACUCCAAAGAAGUCAAAAGAGAACAUGCCAUCCUACAGCGGAAGACUCGAGGGAGGUUCAGCCCGGACUACUGGCAAACAGAUUCCUCUUCAAGAAAUCCAGUUUGCGCUUGGCUCCAUUAGUCUGUAAGUGUGUGUCUCCACAUGACCUCUCUCCUUCUGUCUGAUACAGAGAAUUUAAGCUGAGGAUUCUCCGAAAUUAAGCAGCAAGGACAGAUGCCACCCAAGCUAUACAAAAGCCAAAGCAGAACCUGCAGCUUUAUGGAACAUACCGACUGUCGUGAGGGCUGACAACAGACCAUCUGACUCUGAGUGGAGCAGCAUUAGAUGAUAGACGGUACACUGUCUUACAUCUUAAGUACGGCCGUACUUCAGUACUACAACAAAUGGAGGAGCUAAAGCCAUGGCUGGCAUCAGGCAUAAUCCAGGCGUUCUCCUCCUCCUUGCAGGAGCUCCAGGUGCGUCACUUGGGCAGAAACUUUCCUGCAUUCCACCGUCAUUCCUUGCUGAGACAACAACCAGGCAGACAUACACGCUUUGCAGAGGGUUGAGAGACAGGAACUGGAGGAAAGACUGAGCAGUGAAGCCAAUUCGCCCUGUUUAGACGAUGGAAACGGGGAGCGCAGCAAGGACAAAUGGUACCACUGGGAAGCCAGAGGAUGUGAAGAGUCCAUCUGCCCCCAAAAAAGAAGAAGAAGUAAAGAAGACCACAAACCCUGGUGGAGGUGAGAAGGAACCUAUGAAGGGCACUGGCAGUGCUUCUUUGGAGACAGGGCAAAUCAAGAGCUCCCUCUUCUCUGGGAGUGACUGGAAGAGGCCCAUCAUUCAGUUUGUGGAGUCAUCUGAUGAGAAGAGAUCGACCUACUUCAGCAUGGAUUCGGCAGAUUCAAAGAAGAUGCAAUAUGCCAGCGGACAGAUAGGAGACAUGAGGAGACCACCCCUCUCCUUUGCAGAGAAAGGCGAUCUCAGGAAGUCCCUCUUCUCCUUGGAUUCCAAAAAGAGCUUCCUGCCUAGUGAAGGGGAAGGGAGGAAGACAUUGUUCUCUGGGGGGCAGAUGGGGGACCUGAAGAAAACUUCCCUCCCUCUGGUGGAGACUGGGGACCUGAGAAGAUCCACCUUCAACAAGCCUGACAGAGCAGCUGGGUCACGGCCCAGGGUGAAGCUCGAGGAUGUUCUGUGUGAUUCCUGCAUCGAUAACAAGCAAAAGGCCGUGAAGUCCUGCUUGGUGUGCCAGGCUUCCUUCUGUGAGCUGCACCUCAAGCCCCAUCUGGAGGGAGCAGCUUUCCGAGACCACCAGCUCCUGGACCCCAUCAGGGACUUUGAAGCAAGAAAAUGCCCUGUGCAUGGGAAGACCAUGGAGCUGUUCUGUCAGACAGACCAGAUGUGCAUCUGUUACCUCUGCAUGUUCCAGGAGCACAAGAACCACAGCACAGUGACAGUGGAGAUCGAGAAAGCGGGAAAAGAGGCUGAGCUCUCACUGCAGAAGGAGCAACUGCAGCUGAAGAUCAUCGAGGUAGAAGAUGAAAUGGAUAAGUGGCAGAAGGAGAGGGACCGCAUCAAGAACUACACCACCAAUGAGAAAGCCACAGUGGACCAGCAUUUCAAAGAGCUGAUCCGUGACCUGGAGAGGCAGAGGGAUGAAGUGAAGGCUGCCCUGGAUCAGAGGGAAAAGAUUGCAUCAGAGAAUGUGAAAGAAAUCGUGGAUGAGCUGGAAGAGAGGGCAAAGCUGCUGCGGGAGGACAAGGAGAACAGGGAGCAGAUCCACCAGAUCAGUGACUCCGUGCUCUUCCUGCAGGAGUUUGGGGCUUUGAUGCGGAAUUACGUCCCCCCUCCAUCUCUCCCAACAUACAGUGUGCUGCUUGAAGGGGAGAGCAUGAGCCCAUCUAUGGGACUCCUCAGAGAUGACCUCCUGAACGUCUGCAUGAGGCACGUGGAGAAGAUCUGCAAGGCAGACCUUGGCCGCAACUUCAUAGAGAGGAACCACAUGGAGAAUGGUGACCACCGGUACAUGAUGAACAACUAUGAGUGGAACCAGCCCGACAACUUGAAGAGAUUUUCCAUGUUCCUGUCUCCCAAAGCCAGUUUCAACCCACGAUCAUGGGAAUUUUCCUCCUUCCAAGCGACUGAGGAAACACUUGUAGGCAAUGGCACUAAGCUGCCUUUUCAGUUCUCCUCGGUGGGACAGAAUCCGCCUGGUGACUUCAGCAAACAGUCUGAUGGGAGCCUCUUCACUAAGACCGCUUAUCCUUCAAUAGUGAGACAUCAGUCUGCAAAGGUGACGCCACAGACAUGGAAAUCCUCUAAGCAGUCUGUAUUGUCACAUUACCGCCCCUUUUACGUCAACAAAGGCAAUGGAGCCACUUCCAACGAGGCACCUUGAUUCCUGAAGAUUUAGGGAAGAGCUGGCAGCACUUGGAGUGAAGACUCAGCUGCGGAUUUUCAUGGAUGUACCUGCUACUAUAUUAACCUUACUGCUCUAAUCUCUGCCAGGGAGAGGGAAGGUGCAGAAGGGAAUAGCCUUUACUAGAGGAAACAAGGACUUUUUCCAAAUCACCUAAUCACCUUGAAAGCUCUGCAGGCCUUAACAACAUAACCCCAUCCUCUGCUGUCACCUCCUUAUUGCCUCUGUCAAUGCCCUUCCCUUUGCUUCUGCAGAGCGAGCUGCUCUGCUUCUCCCGGGAAGCAUGCAUGCUUGGGUGGCACCCCCCCCGACUCUGCUAUACCAGUUGCCCAAUUGUCCCCAGUGUGUUUAUGUGACCUUAGCUGUUUUAAGUCCUGGUGAAGGUCCCAAGCUGGGGGGGCCCAAAGGUCUUCCUGGAAUGGAGAGGCCUCCGCCACUGGGAGCAGUAACAGCUCUUCCCAUGCCUCUCUACCCCGAGAGCCGGCCCUGCCUCCCUCGGAUGGGGACGCACAGCUCUCACGGGGAUCAGCACUGCCUGAUCCCUGAGGUCCCCGCAGACUCCCCCAGCCCACGCCGGCAGUGGCACGCUUCCUCAGGGCGCUUCUCAGCUCAGCUCUGCUCCUGCUGGCUUCCAAGAAGCCAGCCAACAAGACCUAUUUGGAGCUGCUACAGCCCAGGGUCAGCUCCUGGUGGAGGGCAGAGAGGCUUUCUAUCCCAUUAAAGUACCCCUCCAGCCACCUUUUCAAAGUAAGAAAUAAAAAGAAAAUCCAUCCUACUAAUAUAUGAUUGAUUAGAUGCCAUAGGUAUUGGGUGUUUUUUUUGUUUUGUGGGGUUUUUUUUUUAAUUUCCCUAUACCAAAAUUGAUUUCUAUAUUGUGGUUCAGGUAUUUUUUUCUGCAAUGAGCAUUAGUACCAUAGCUUUUUGUUCAGGAUAACAUUUUUUAUUUGUCCCCUGGACAGACGAAUCACGUCAGCACCCAGGCUGCAAACUAGCCAGGGCUGGUUAACCCUUCCGUGAUCUCACUGAGAUUAUUUCCCUUCCCCUUGGACAAAACUGAGAGGUUAGGUCCGUGCUAUGCAAAAAACCUGCCCAGGCCAGUCAAUGGGAGCAGACGGCCCAUUGCAGGAUCAGAGCCCUCAAACGGUGAUAAGCUGCUGCACAACAGAGGACCAAGACCUGACAGCUACUUUUCACUGUUUGCUCUAUUCAAGUGGGUUUUGGAAUGGCUUCCCCCCACCUUUCCUACCCCUAAAUGCUCGCAACACCUUGCUAAGAGAGGUCACGCCUAUCGCUCCCUGAAAAUUACUUUCUUGCUAAUCCCCGUGCAAAGAUACUCGCUGCUUUUUAAUCCGACACCUCAGACAAAACUUCUGAGGCGGACAGUUGGUUGCUCCAGAAUACUUGAAAUGGCACUUAUUUUAUCAUUUUUUUUUCCUUAAUGACCAGAGGGGAAGGGGAUAGCAUGGUAGAGAAGGAUGUGAAGAAAGGGAAACUGGGAUAGAGUUGCUAGGAAAUACGUUGAGGGGUUGAGUACGUGCGUGAAAGGAUAAAAUAAGCCCUCCCCAAAUCUCACUGAUGUUUUGCCCCUGAGCAGGCGUCAGUAAUCACUUGGGUCCCUUAUGUUCCUGUAAAAGCUUCCACCACCUCCUUUCCGUUCUCCAAAAUGCGAGCAUGAUCCCUCCCUCCUCCUCCAAAACUCGGAUAUUAAAAUCCCCCCCUUCUUUCCUGCCCUAAAGAAGGCUUGCUGCGGUGCCGGCCUGGACCCGCGCUGCCCCUCGCCCAGCACACAAAUGACCAGCCCAAGGAAGCGAGCGUCCCCUUCCUCCCGCCACCCCUCCCCGUCGGCUCUGCCCUACCCCACACCUCUGCAGCCCCCAUGGCCUGUUUGCUCCCCUUCCCCUCCUCGCUUCGAGGGCCUCACUCAGACCUCGCACACACCGGCACGGCUUUACACACCGGCACGCUCCAGCGACAGGAACGGAGCUGCUCCCCGUUUGCGUUAGCCUGGGAGGACGCCGGGCCUCCCCUUCCAUCCCUGCUGGUCUCCUCACGGCCCUUUGCCCCGCCGGAGCAGGGGCGCAGCUCUGGCCCCGCUGUACCCCACAGUCCCGGGGAACUAGAGGCGCGGCUUUGAGGUGUAUCGUGCGUGAACUGUUUUUAUCAUGUUUGUCUUGAUCAGCAAAGCAAGAGGAAUUCCACCUCCUCAGACAGGACACGACUGCGCUGAUGUAAAUGAGGCCCUUCACGUGUGCAACACAUACUGCAGAAAUAAAGGAGAAAGCUCCAUGUCUGACCAAAAACCCUGGGGAUGAGGUCUCUCUCUGUCUUUGGUGUUUGUAUGCUUGUAAGACUCUCAGUGAGGUUAAAUCUCUUCAAAAUAUUCUUUAUAUGAGCAAGGGGUUUGGAGAACCUGUUUUCCCAGCUCCUAGAGGCUUUCUUGUCUCUGCUUUCUGGGUAUUUUGAGUCAGGGCCAUGUCAGCUCAGAGAAAAUUCCCACAUCCUUGAAGGUCACAGCCAGACUGACGGACACCCUUCUAGUAUAAAACCUUGAGACCACCCUGCAGAUAUGCCCAGCUAGGUCAGUUCCCAAACACCGGUGCCACGCAAGCCCUUCCCUGCAAGGGCAUUUCUAGAAACCCCUCAGCCUGUGGUUGUUCAUGAUUUCAGUGCCCCUCGCCUGCCAGAGUUAAACCUCACCAGUUCCCACCGGAGGAAAGCGUUUGCUCACAUACAGGCAGGCCAAAAUCAGCCUAGGAGAGACCAGGCUGCGAGGAGACUGCUGAGCUGGGGCACUGUUUUGCCCCAGCCCGGACCUGAGUCUCCCUGGGAAGUUGGUUCGGGACCCUCCACCUGCUUGAACCUUUCUGGGGAUAUAGGCCUCCGGUUCUGCACGGCUCAGAUUUCUUGCCUAUAUCACGGCUUCUCUUGUCUCUGAGGGAGAGAAGAAAUCCCUUGUGGGCUGCUAAAGGUGCAGAUUCAAGGCCAGACGCGCACAGAGGUAGCCCUGACAGCCACUUAAAAGAGCAACCGUACACGUGAAUCUGCAGGGAUAAGAACAGAGGCAGGCAAGGUUUAUUCAUUUUCCCCAGAUACACUAAAGCAGGGAGCUUUCCAGAGGAUGCCUGGCAUGUUUCUUCUCCCAGGUACCAGAUACCAGCUAUUUUUCCCCACACAUUGCUGAGUCAUUCCUGAAGAGUGAAGAUACUACCAAUUCACUUGAGAAGCCAGUAAAUCCUCCUUGUUUAUUCCGCAUGGGAGUUACCAGAGAACAGAGCUCAGCUCUUUCCCAUCAAUUCCGCUCACUGCCUCCAUUACUGUUAUUACUGUGAUUAAAAAGCAAUCAAAGAGAAAUCUUCUUCCUGUCCUGAAAU